AUGGACCAACUUCUUCUGAGCAUCAUCGUGUCGGGACUGUGUGCCGUCUCAUCAGCUGGACGUUACUACCAUGUAGUUCAUGAGCUGAAGACCAUGACUGAAGCCCAGCGUCACUGCAGAGAGAACUACAAGGACCUGGUCACCAUACGAGACCUGGAGGACCUGGAGGACCUGGAGACCCUGAAGACCCUGAAGAGACCGGUCCACUCGCGAGCCUGGAUCGGACUGUACCAUUACCUGCACAACUGGGGGUGGUCACUGCCAAACACAAGUUACUACAAACCCGGGGAGACGGAGUUCAGACGAUGGAGUUCUGGAGAACCAAACAACUCCAGCAAUAAACAAAGCUGCACAGUGAUGAAGACAGAUGGGGAAUGGAAAGAAGUCUAUUGUGAAAAGACCUUCAAGUCAGUCUGCUUCGAUGUCAGAGGGCCAAACAGAUUUGUCCUCAAUACCACCAAGAUGAAUUGGACUGAGGCCCAGAGCUACUGCAGAGAACACCACACAGACCUGGCCCUGGUGAGGAACAUGGAGGAGAACCAGAUGGUCCAGAGUCUGGUUCCCUCUAAAGGAAGAGUCAGGAUCGGUCUUUUCACUGAUCCAUGGAAGUGGUCUGAUGGAAGUGACUCCUCAUUUAGGAACUGGAAUCCUCUGGAGCCUCGUGAACCUGGUGGCUCCUCUGAGAUUUGUGUGGCAGCAGACUUCAGUGCCGAUGGACGAUGGGAGACAUUGGACUGUAACGUCAAGUCAGCCUUCAUCUGCUACAGUGACGUUGUUCCUGUUUCAAAGCGAGUGGUGAAAGUGAGGCUGGAGAAAAGAAGCUCCUCUCUGGAUCUGAAUGACCCCGUGGUGAUGGAGGACCUCUUGAAGCAGCUCAAACAGAGGCUGAAGGACCAGGGGCUGAACGACGACAUCAAACUGAGCUGGAAGAAGCAGUCGGAUGGAAAAGUCUUCCACAAGGAAGAGAAGAAGACCUAGAAGAAGAGAACAGAUGAGCUGUAAUGUUCCUUUCUCCUCCUCUUCCUCCUUCUCUUCUUCCUUUCAAUAAAUGGUAGAAAGAACCAAAAGAACCAAGCUCUCCGAAAAAAUUGUUCCAAACAGGUU